AUGGAACACAGAGGAAGCAGAGAUGUAAGCCGUACCGGUGGUCGUGGAGGCAAAGGUGUCACUGCUGGUGACACAAACAAAGAAAUGGCUAACCACACCGGCAAUUACGCGAACGGUGUUGGAGCUGUUACAAAAAAUGCCAAUGGUCUGUCAAAUACUGGAGUGCCACCCGGGGGUGCCGGCAGCGGAGGAGGUGGUGGUAAUGGAGAUGAAAAUACAGCAACGUUGAACGGCCUCCUAGGACCAGCGGAUGGGCCUGCAGGGGCCGAGAUGGUUAGUUUCACUAAACUGUUUACACAAAAUUGGCUGGACGUGUUCACCUAUUGUAUGGUGUUUGGUAGUUUUGGCAUGGGUGUGGCAUGCCUGGGACCUACUUUGCUUGACCUCGGAUGCCAGACGGGAACUGACCUGAGGGAGAUGUCAUGGGUCUUCUUUGUACAACUUCUGAUGACUUCUAUCGGAUCUAUAGUAGCUGGAGUACUAGCAAACAGGUAA